GCCAGGGGCCUGUUUGCCCUCAGGAAAGGGUCUCCCUGUGCCCCAGCCGCUGUUGCCCCUUUAAGCGCGCGGCAGCCUGCCCCCUUUUGGGAAGGGGGGCCUGGAAGGACCAGGUGGGGUGUGGUAGCGGCAGGCAGAGCAAACAAAGGGAGACCGGCGCCGGGAGAGCCGGCUCGGGGGCACGGAUUAGGGGGCCCGCCAGCUGUUGUCAGGCUGCCACGCCCCCUCUGCCCGCCCGUCUCCGGGCCUGGGUGGGGAUCCGGAUUCCGGCCUCCCCGCGCCGCCGGGAGUGUGGCUGGCCGGCGUCCGCACCCCUCCGCCUGAGAAGUCUUUCUCUCUCCCUCCAUCCACCCCUGGCCGCGCGGCCCCGCACAGGCGGGGGCCGGGGCCGGGAGCCCGCGGAACAAAGGCAGCAGGAAGAGACCCGAUGGAAAAGUAGCGAGCCGGGAAGCGGAGGAGCGCGGAUGGCCGCGGGAGGCGCCUGCGCCGCAGGGGCAGGAGGCUCGAAGAUGAGCUGCCCUGAGAUCCUGGGUUAGCCGAGGGUGGUGUUGAGCAGGGGCUCGGGAUGACCCGGCCGGCCCUUUCCUAGCCCCCCGGGGUGGGGCGGUGAGGCCAGCAUGCCCCCGGCCGCCCUGAGCUGCUAGGUCAGCCUUGGUCUGCACUCGGCGCUGCAGGGGCGGGCUGGCGGAGCGGGGAAUCGGCCCGUUAGAGAGCUGCAGGGGAACAGGCACGUUCCCGAGGGCAGACGGCCCCCGGGCAGGGGCUGCUGGCCGCCAGGACGGUCCUACUGGGGCAUAGUUAGCUCGGUUCUGGCUGACCCCUCGCAGACAUUGUUUGGGAGCCUAGUAAAAGAGCCCUGUCCCCGACCCCGGAGAAUCAGGCUUUGGAAGGGGACAGAAAGGGAGAUUCCUGUAUAACCCAGCGUGGCCCAGACACACCUCUGCCAUUGGCUGGGCUUAUUUCCCUAGGAGCUCUUUCUUUCUUUCCCCGUCUCCUGUCCACGAUGAACGGCCUCCAGCCACCCCAGGACUGCCUGGGGGGCAAUGUCUGCUCCAUCGAAGGGCUCCCCCCACUUCCCAAGGGCCUCAGCGGGAUCCUCAACUCCAGUGGUGGCUCGUGGCGUGAGAUUGAGAAAGUGUACAGCAAGAAGACACGGAUCCAGGACGACCUGAGCAAGUCACGGGUGGCCUCUGAGAAGCUGCUGCGGAGCAAACCGGCCAACCUGGACUCGGCGCUGGCCAUGCUGCGCAAGGAGAUGGUGGGCCUGCGCCAGCUGGACAUGUCCCUGCUGUGCCAGCUGUGGUCGCUGUACGAGUCGAUCCAGGAGUACAAGGGGCUGUUCCAGGACAUGUCGUCGUCCCUGCACUCCGAGGGCUCCUACGCUGCUGAGAACGGCUUCUCUGAUGAGGACGAUGAGUUUGAGGUGGAGCCACCGGGCCCCGACGUGCGCAAGGAGACCCCACUGCUGGGCCGGCUCAGCCUGCCUCAGCCCCAGAACUCCCGUGACCAGUGGCUGCAGGACUCCUUCCACAUCACCAUCUGAGCCCCACGGCCACCACAGCCUCACCCCCUUUGGACGUAGUAGAAUGUGUAGCUGGGAGCGCCCUACAGCAUCCCCUGCUGGGAGAGACCAGGGCUGGCGUAGCCUGGCCCUCCCUCUGCAGCCAGCGCUUGCUUCUGCCCUGCUCACUACAGCCCCCCCUGCUGGGAGAGACCAGGGCUGGAGUAUCUGGGAUCUACAGCCAGCACACCUGCCCCGCUCCCUAUAGCGCCCCAUGUGGGGAGAGGCUGGGGCAGUGCAUUUUCUGGCAUUGCUGUGGGUAGGAUCAUGUUAGCAGUUUUUAGUGCCUCAGCCAUGAGCCAAAAAUGGCCACUUUAAAGAUAUUUAAAAAAAAAAAAUUAAAAACAUUUGACACAUAGGGGAAAAAAAACCAAACCCUUCCAGAAGUGAGAGAGGUGAAAUGUAAUAUAUACAGCAUGUUGGGGCUCGAACCCCACCACAGCUGUGGAAUAAAUCCUCAGAAACUGA